AUGGCGACUCCGUACCAUCUCCUCCUCCUCCUCCUCCUCCUCCUUCUUGUCCCGCUGGCGUCCUCCUCCGCCGACCGCGAGGUCCUGCUCGCGCUCAAGGAAGCCGUCACCAACGACCCAGCCGCCGUCCUCUCCGCCUGGUCCUCCGACUCCGACUCCGACCACUGCCAUUGGCGCGGUGUCACCUGCCACCCCUCCUCCUCCGCCGUCGCCGCAAUCGACCUCCCCGCCGCCUCCCUCUCGGGCGCCCUCCCCGCGCUCCUCCCCCCGCACCUCCUCCGCCUCGACCUCUCCCUCAACAACUUCUCCGGCCCUGUCCCCGCCGCCUUCCUCGCGUCCCCGACCCUCCGCGCCCUAAACCUCUCCUCCAACCGUCUCUCGGGACCUCUAACCUUCCCGCCUUCCAACUCCUCGCCGCCCUGCCCCGCCCUGGUCCACCUCCGCCUCGCCGCCAACUUCCUCGUCGGCGAAAUCCCCGCCGCGGUGGCCCAAUGCCGCGCCCUGCGUGUCCUCGACCUCUCCCGCAACGUCCUCGAGGGAGCCGUCCCGCGCGCGCUCGGCCGCCUCGCCGCCCUCCGCGUCCUCGACGUCUCCCGCAACAGCCUCACCGACAGGAUCCCCCACGAGCUCGCCGGCUGCGGGAACCUCGCCGUGCUCGUGCUCACCGACCCCGCCGCGUCCGCGUCGCCGGGGGAUCAACCAGAGUUCAACGCCUUCGUUGGCCUGCUGCCUCCGGAGGUGGCCACCAUCCCGAGACUGCAGGUUCUCUGGGCACCCAGAGCCAACCUCGACGGCCGUCUGCCGAGGUACAGGAACAGUUCCUGCAGCCUCCGAGCGGUCAACCUUGGGCAGAACUACAUUGCCGGUCCGGUGCCGCCAUGGCUUGGUGAGUGUGGCGACUUGACAUUUCUUGAUCUCAGCUCCAACAGCCUCGAGGGCUCCAUGCCUGCUCAACUGAAUAUUGGAUGUAUGGAAUACCUCAAUGUCAGCCGGAAUUUGCUGUCAGGCCCCUUACUGUCAUCCAUGGACGGCAUGUGCUCGAGCCGUUUGAUCGAUGACGAUGUUCUAGUCUAUCACUAUUAUCAGGGAUUGGUUGGGAAUGCCUUGAUUGGUAACCCUUUUGGCUCGAUGCUGGGGGACAUCACCCACGCCGCUGUCCAUGAUUUCAGCAGCAAUGGAUUCGCCGGGGCGUUGCCUUCUAUUGACUUGCAUCUUGGUGAGAAUUACUCUUACGGCUUGUUGCUCAACAGUAAUACAUUCAACGGCACACUUUCUGGUGGGUUCUUCGGAUUCUGCAAAGGUGCAAGUGGGAUUGCUGUCAAUUUGAGUAGUAAUCAGCUGUCGGGCAGUCUUGAUAUGGUGUCAAGUUGUACGGCUCUUCAAGCUUUCGAGGCUGGUGAGAACAAGUUCAGUGGCUCAAUCUCUCAUAGCAUUGCUGACCUGCAUUUGCUGCGUAGCUUGAUCUUGAGUGGAAACAAUUUGACAGGCGAGAUCGCGGGGCGGUUUGCUAAUUUGGCUGCUCUGGAAGUACUCAUGCUUGACCACAACAGGCUCUCAGGAACCAUCCCUCCAAGUUUCAGUGAACUGGCUCAACUAUCAGUUUUUGAUGUCUCUUUCAACAACCUAUCGGGUGACAUUCCUUACCUAAGGCACUCUGCUGACUGCACUUUCUUUGUUGGCAAUCCCCUACUGUCCUCGUGUUUGGGUCCAAAUCCAAAUGCAUCAGUACCACUAUCACCGUCAAAUAAUCGCCAGAAGUGGACUCAAAGAUUGGGUGGUCACAUGACCAGAUCCAAGAUUCUGAUGGUGAUUGUAGCUGCUGCUGCAACUGCCAUAGUGUCUUUUAUUCUCGCAAUCGUUCUCUUUUUUGUGUAUGAGAGAAGGAAACGAGCGAAGAUUGUGAGUUUUAGGAGAAAAGCUGUUGUGACAUUCGCCGAUGCUCCUCCUGAGCUUAAUUUCGACAACCUUAUCCGCGCAACUAGUAACUUCAGCAUCCAGAACUUGAUUGGAACAGGUGGUUUUGGUGCCACUUAUAAGGCUGAGCUCGCUCCUGGUUAUCUUGUAGCAGUGAAGAGGCUAGCCAUGGGGCGUUUCCAAGGCCUCCAGCAGUUUGAUGCGGAAAUCGCAACUCUCGGAAGAAUUCGACACAGGAAUCUCGUCACACUUAUUGGAUACCACAUAGGAGCAUCAGACACUUUUCUGAUCUACAACUAUCUCUCAGGCGGAAACCUUGAGAGCUUUAUACAUGAGAUGGGGAGCAAAAGGGUAUCCUGGGCUGAGGUCUAUACCAUAGCGACGGAUGUUGCGCAAGCGCUGGCUUUCCUUCACUGUGCCUGCACACCUCGGAUCAUCCAUCGAGACAUCAAACCGAGCAAUAUCCUGCUUGAUGAAGACCUGAACGCAUACCUGUCUGAUUUCGGUCUGGCGAGGCUGAUAGAGGUUACGCAGACGCAUGCCACGACUGAUGUCGCUGGGACCUUUGGCUAUGUCGCGCCUGAAUACGCGACUACCUGCAGGGUCUCUGACAAGUCUGACGUAUACAGUUUUGGAGUCGUCCUUCUGGAGUUGAUGUCAGGCAAGAGGUCUUUGGAUCCGUCGUUCUCGCAGUUCGGUGAUGGAUUUACAAUUGUAACAUGGGGGAGAAUGCUGAUGCGGGAGGACCGCACCAGUGAAUUCUUCUCCCCGGGACUGUGGGAUACAGCACCGAAGUACAGGUUGACAGAGAUGCUAAAGAUUGCUGCAUCUUGCACCUCAGAGUCGCUAGCCAUUCGGCCAUCAAUGAGGCAGGUUGCAGCAAGGUUGAAGCAACUGAGGAAUGAGCAAUGACGAGUC